CCAAGAGACAGGAGCUUCAGGACACCACCUUACCCAUUCUGAGGUCAUUCUGUCAAAGCCCAUAGAAGAAACUAGAGAGCUUAAACAUGGUUAAGAUACCUACGGUAUAUUGUAGCACGGCGGGAAGAAAUAUCAAAUUUAAAACCUUUUACGAGGGUACAGAAUUUUUCACUACAGACGUUUGAGAGCGACUUUCGGGGGACUAUUCUGAGGACCAUUCUGUGGAGCAUCCCUUAGUGUCUUCCCCUGAGGAGAUCUAAGGAUCUGGACUCAGGACAUCAAGGGGUCUCGGUGCCUGGACGAGAUGCUGCGUGUUGGGCUGUCCGAGGAGGACGGUCGUGGGGGGCUGGAUCAUGCAGACAUGGUACCCACGGACGAGAGACUGCGAGCUCUGACCCACCGGCGGGGCGACCCCAACGAUAGCUGGACCUGGUCCCAGACCAUGAACUAUGUGGGUCAGCUGGCGGGCCAGGUGUUCUUCCAGGUCAAGGAGCUGUACCGCGGGCUGAACCCGGCCACGCUGUCCGGGUGCAUCGACGUCAUCGUGGUGCAGCGGCCCGACGGCUCGCUGCACUGCUCGCCCUUCCAUGUCCGCUUCGGCAAGAUGGGGGUACUGCGGUCCCGGGAGAAAGUGGUGGACAUCGAGAUCAAUGGGGAGGCGGUGGGUCUGCAGAUGAAGCUGGGAGACAACGGGGAGGCCUUCUUCGUCACGGAGACGGAGAACAUGCUGGAAGUGGUUCCGUCCCACCUGGCCACGUCGCCCAUCACCUCGAUGGGGGAGCUGCUCAUGGAGGCCCAGCUGGGCAAGAGCGCACCUCGUCACCGAGAGGGCCCGGGCCCCUCCCUGGUGCCCCAGACGUUGGGCCCCUUGCUGGGAGACAUCGCGGGGGCCAAGAAGAGGAGGAAGAGGAGGAGGAAGAUUAGGACAGAGGGAGUCGGGGGGAGGAGGGAGGAGAGUGAUGAAGAUGACGACAUGUUCACCAUCGACAUGAGCUCCGACGAGGGGGAGACGGACGACAACAGGGGUGUGUAUGGAGACACGGAAAGCAAGUUGAGCAGCACUUAUACACACUCGGCUACGGACUGGCCCAAGCUUCAAAGGCCAGUACCAGAGGAGCCGAUGUGUGUCCCUCCAGACCGCCGUCUGUCCAUCUCCUGUCCUCAGCAGAUCGCCCGCUUCCCCUCCAACCUCAGCAGUGACUCCUGCUCAUCCACGCCCAAGAGUGACUCAGAGCUGGCCAAUCAGAGCAAAGACCCCCAGAUGCUCUGGACCUGGGGGGAGCUGCCCCACGCUGCUCAGCCUUCCUUUCUGUCGGACCACCCCAGGUCGGACCUCCAGACCGAGCCAGCGCUCGCCAGCGUCACCAGGUCUCCCCUCCAGGACUCUGGACCCACGUCCAUGAACCUCUACCUCCCCCAGCCAGGGGACCCCCACAGAGGGGACCCCCAGUCAGGAGAGGAGGGUCUGUCGGAGGCCUGCAGAGGGGCUGGAGGUGAUGCAGGAGUCUUCGUCCCCUCCUCCCCAGGGAGAGAGGCUCUGUGUGGGGGGAGGCAGGGGUCGGCCCCCUGCUUUAUCUCCUCCAGUCCCCGCCUGGAACACCUGGAACACCUGGAACACCUGGAACACCUGGAGCAUCAGGGGGGCAGCACAGGCAGUCCCAUCAGGAGAACCGACUCACCGUCCAAGAGGAAAGAGAAGCGAAGCCAGCACCUGGGUUCUGACGGGAUGUACCUGGAUGACAUCACGGAGCUGGAGCCAGAGGUCGCCGCCCUGUACUUCCCUAAAAGCGACAGUGUGUGUGGUUCCGCCCCCAGGAGCUCAGAGAUGAUGCGCCCGCGGAGCACCGACCAAUCACCUCAGUCCCUGGGCAGCAGUGAGAUGGACAGCGGCAUCGACAGCCUAUCAGAACACACUGGGGACCUGCCCCACGUCGCCAUCUCCCUGUGUGGAGGGCUCACUACCAACAGAGAGAUCACCAACGAUCAAUUCCUAGAGAAGGCCAUUUCUUACCAGCAGUUCUCCCUCAACCCCUCCCUCAUCGAUGACCCCAACCUGGUCGUCAAGCUAGGAACAAAGUACUACAACUGGAACACGGCCGCGCCUCUGAUGCUGGCCAUGCAGGUGUACCAGAAACCCCUCCCGCAGGCGUCGGUGGAGAACCUGAUGAAGGAGAGGAUGCCCAAGAAGGGGGGCCGCUGGUGGUUCUCCUGGAGGGGCCGCAACUCCGAGUCCAACCCGGAAUCUGAGCCGGGGGCGGGGGACGUGCCAGAAGGCAUGGACAGAAUGAAGGAGGAGUCUUCCUCCAGUGAUGAUGACCACUCUCCAGCCAAUCCCAGCCUGGGAUCCGGUCAGCCCGAGCCCAUGGCCGCCUCCAGCAACGUGUGCUACAAGAAGACCCUGAGACUCACCUCGGAACAGCUGGCCAGCCUGCAGCUGAAGGAGGGGCCAAACGAUGUGGUGUUCAGCGUCACCACCCAAUACCAGGGUACCUGCCGUUGCCAUGGCACAAUCUACCUGUGGCGGUGGAACGACAAGAUAGUCAUCUCUGACAUAGACGGAACCAUCACCAGGUCCGACACCCUGGGUCACAUUCUGCCCACCCUGGGGAAGGACUGGACGCACCAGGACAUCGCCCGGCUCUACCACAACGUCAGCCUGAACGGCUACAAGUUCAUGUACUGCUCGGCGCGGGCGAUUGGCAUGGCGGACAUGACGCGGGGCUACCUUCACUGGGUGAACGAGAGAGGCACCAUGCUGCCAGUCGGCCCCGUCAUGCUCAGCCCCAGCAGCCUCUUCUCCGCCCUGCACAGGGAGGUGAUUGAGAAGAAGCCGGAGAAGUUUAAGAUCGAGUGUCUGUCGGACAUCAAGCAUCUGUUCCACCCCAGCACGGAACCGUUUUACGCAGCCUUCGGCAACAGAGCUACGGAUGUGUACUCGUACAAAGAGGUGGGUGUACCUCUCAACAGGAUCUUCACCGUCAACCCCAAAGGAGAGCUGGUGCAAGAACACGCCAAGACCAACAUAUCCUCAUACGGGCGUCUGUGCGAGGUGGUGGACCACGUCUUCCCGCUCUUCAGCGAGGGUCAGGGGUCAGAGCCCCCCGACCCAGAGACCUUCAGCCCCUUCACCUACUGGAGGGAGGAGCAGCCCGAGCUGGCCAACGAGGAGGAGGACUCGCAAACCCUGGAGACCGGUCCAGGAGACCCCGAAUAGACCUUCCAACCGUCUACCACCAGGGGGUUCAAAGGCCAGCUACUGCUUAGAAACAAGAUGGCGGCCAGGUGAACCCGGCCUAUAUAGCACAAAGAUGCACCACACCCGUUUAAAAAAAGGAUGAAUGAUUAACGAGGCAGCUCCAUGGAACGAUGCUCAUGUAAGAGGUCCGGCACUAGCCAUGCGACAUUUACUGUAUGCACUGAUCAAUCCUAUGCACUUAGAGUUGUUCACUAGCCUUCCGGUAGCAAUACAUGCUACCGGAAGGCUAGUGAAAUUAGCUACCUUGUAGGGUAGUCACAGUAGCUACCUCUAGGCUACCUGCAGGCUAGUGACAGUAGCUAUGUGUAGCCUGAUGACUAGCUACCUGUAGGCUACUGACAGUAGCUAUGUGUAGCCUGAUGACUAGCUACCUGUAGGCUACUGACAGUAGCUAUUUGUAGCCUGAUGACUAGCUACCUGUAGGCUACUGACAGUAGCUAUGUGUAGCCUGAUGACUAGCUACCCGUAGGCUAAGGGCAGGGUUACAGCACCAAGGAAUUCAGGUGGGUGUUCAACAUGAUUCAUUCAAUCGUAAUAUUAUAACGAUGAUCCUUAUUACAAAACUGAGGAGUUCAGGUCUGAAAUUGAUAGAAAUGCAUUCAACAAAUGGAACAUGUACAAAUAUACAAAAUGUAGGAUUUUAGAAGUUACUUAUAAAAAGCAUCGGUAAACAACUACCAAUGUCUUAACAUACCUCUGUAUAACAUAAUUAUAUAUAUAUAUAUAUAUAUA